AAAAGAAAAAAGUUUCUUACAUUUUCCAAAAUUUUCAUCACUGUUAACAGCGGUUGAAAAAGAAAUCACUUUUAACAUUUCAUACUUUACUCACCAUGAUUGACCGUCAUGAUCUUGAAUCAUUCUACUUUCCAUCUUUCCCCAUUCCCCUAUUAUCUGAACUAUUUUUCAGAUUCUUUUUACUCCAAGAAAGUUGCACUUAAUCCAAAGUAAUUUCUAAAUUUCUUGGCGUCUAUAAAUAGCAGCCCAAAUGCAUAUUUUCAGAGCACAAACCAGAAUGAAGAUCCCAUGCUCUGCAAAUCUUCCAGCCCAUUCUCUUCUGCUUCUUCUUCCUUUUCUCCUCCUCCCAUGUGCCCUAUGUGCAGUUCCAUCUGUCUACGAUAACUUUCUUCAGUGUCUAUCCAAAAAUUCUUCCGACCCAUCAAACAACAUCUCCUCCAUAGUCUACUCCAACACCAACCCUGCAUACACUAAAGUUCUACAAGCCUACAUCCGCAACAGCCGAUUCGACACGCCAACCACACCCAAACCAGUCCUCAUUGUCACGCCUCAGCAGGAAUCCCAAGUCCAGGCCGCCGUCCUGUGCGCCAAGACCAUCGGCAUUCAGAUCAAAAUCCGCAGCUGCGGCCACGACUACGACGGCAUCUCUUAUGUCUCCGAAGUCCCGUUCAUCAUCCUCGACAUGUUUAAUCUUCGCAAGAUCACCGUGAACAUCAAAGCCGGAACCGCUUGGGCUCAGGCGGGCGCCACCAUCGGCGAGCUCUACCACGCCAUUGCGCAGAGCAGUAAGGUUCACGCCUUUCCGGCGGGGAUAUGCCCCUCGAUGUGCGUCGGUGGGCAUAUCAGCGGCGGCGGGUACGGCAACUUGCUGAGGAAGUACGGGUUGUCGGUGGACAAUUUGCUGGAUGCGCAGAUUGUUGAUGUCAGUGGCAAACUUUUGGAUAGAAGGGGGAUGGGGGAAGAUCUAUUUUGGGCGAUUAGUGGAGGAGGAGGUGCUAGUUUCGGAGUGAUAACGUCGUAUUUCUUGAAAUUGGUUCUUGUUCCACAAAUCGUCACCUAUUUCCGAGUGGAACGGACUUUGGAACAGAACGCGACCGAUGUUGUUUUCCAGUGGCUAAAUGUUGCAGACAAAAUCGAUAACGAUCUGUUCAUGAGGCUUCUCGUGCAGCCAACGACGAAGAAGGGGCAGACGACAAUUAGAGUGUCGGUUAUCGGAGAGUUUCUCGGUGACUCCCAGAGGCUUUUGGGGGUUGUGGGCAAGGAUUUUCCGGCAUUGGGUUUGACACAAACCGAUUGCAAGCAAAUGAGCUGGAUUGAGUCUGUCCUGUACUGGGCAAACUUCGAUAAUGGGAGCACUCCGGUGGAUGUCCUGCUCAACCGGAUUCCGGACUCGAUUUCUUUCUUGAAGAGGAAAUCGGAUUACCUGCAGACACCGAUUCCCAGGGCGGGAUUGGAAGCAUUGUGGAAGAAGAUGAUCGAAUUGGGGGAAAUUGGGUUGGUGUUCAAUGCUUACGGCGGAAGGAUGAGUGAAAUUCCGGCGACGGCAACUCCGUUCCCGCACAGAGCCGGUAAUAUCUGCAAAAUCCAGCACUCUGUGACGUGGGAUGAGGCCGGAAAUGCGGCGGCCAAUAAGAACUUGGAAGGGAUUAGGAGUCUGUACGAGUUCAUGACUUCAUUUGUGUCGAAGAAUCCGAGGGGGGCAUUUCUGAAUUACAGAGACCUGGACAUUGGAGUUAAUCACCAUGGGAACACGAGCUACGCGGAAGGGACUGUUUACGGGAAAAAAUAUUUCAUGGGGAACUUUGACAGAUUGGUGAAGGUGAAGACAGCGGUGGAUCCAACCAAUUUCUUUUGGAAUGAGCAGAGUGUCCCGAUCAUGGCGGAAGCCUGAGUGGAUAAUGAUGAGGGGAAUUUUGGAAAUGAAGGGAUACCAAAUUUUCUAGGUGGCCAAAUGACAAUGUUGUUCAUUGCCUGAUUCAAAAUAAAUAAGCCAUAUUUAUUUUCACCUCACUCAAAA